CAUCAUCACCUUCUUCUUCGUCUCUCUUUCCCCUGUUUCAUUCCUCUGUUUUCCCAUAAGUACCAUGAAAAAACCAUUUUCGUAACUUUUUCCUCUGUAAUCAAACCAUGAAAACACCACCAAAGUUUCAAACUUUCCUUCUCAUACUACAAACCCUUCUUCUUCUUCUUCUUCCUUCAGCUCUGUCAGUAGAGUUCAUCUUCAAUGGCUUCAACAACUCAAACAACAACCUUCUUCUCUACGGCAACGCCACAGUCGACGAUCACUCCAACAUUCUCACUCUCACAAACAACACCCAUUUCUCAAUCGGCCGAGCUCUGUUCAAAACAAAAAUCCCAACCAAAAAACCCAACUCCUCCUUAGUCCUCCCUUUCUCAACCUCCUUCAUCUUUUCCAUGGCUCCUUACAAGAACAUUCUUCCAGGCCACGGCUUGGUCUUCAUCAUAGUCCCCUCCACAGGCCUAAACGGCGCCGUUGCAGUCCAACACCUUGGUUUUCUCAACCGUACAAACGAAGGAAGAGCUGAUAAUCAUGUCUUUGGGGUUGAAUUUGAUGUGUUUAAGAAUGAGGAAUUUGAUGACAUGAAUGAUAACCAUGUUGGGAUUGAUGUCAAUGCCUUAAAAUCCAAGAAAGUUCAUGAAGCUGGGUAUUGGGAAAGUGAGAAGAUUUUCAAGAAAUUGAAGCUUAAUAGUGGUGAAAAUUACCAGGUUUGGAUUGAUUAUAAUGAUUCUUUGAUUAGUGUUGGGAUGGUUUUGGCUGGUAUGAAGAGACCAAAGAUUCCACUUUUGAGUUUUGAGUAUAAUCUUUCUGAGGUUUUUAAGGAUGAAAUGUAUUUUGGGUUCACAAGCUCAACUGGGCAAUUAGUACAGAGUCAUAAGAUUUUAGCUUGGAGUUUUAGUAAUACUAAUUUUUCUUUGGGGGAAAGUUUGAUUACAACUGGUUUGCCUAAUUUUGUUCUUCCUAAAGAUCCAAUUUUUAGGUCAAAAGGUUUCAUUUUGGGGGUAACUUUGGUGGGUUUUGUUGUGAUUGUUGUUUUUGCUGUAUUGGUUAUGUGUUUGAUUAAAAGACAGAGAAGAAGAGCUAAGGAAAGAGCUGAAAUGGAAGAUUGGGAAUUGGAGUAUUGGCCACAUAGAAUUAGUUACCAUGAAAUUGAGAGAGCAACAAAGGGAUUUGAUGAAGCUAAUGUGAUUGGAAUUGGUGGGAAUGGGAAAGUCUACAAGGGUGUGAUUGAAAAAGUUGAAGUGGCUGUGAAACUCAUAUCUCAUGGGAAUGAUGGGUUAAGGGAGUUUUUAGCUGAAGUUUCAAGCCUUGGAAGAUUGAAACAUAGAAACUUAGUUGGGUUGAGAGGUUGGUGUAAGAGAGAGAAGGGUGUGUUCAUGUUGGUUUAUGAUUACAUGGAGAAUGGUAGCUUAGACAAGAGGGUAUUCGAUUUCGAUUCCAAUGGUGAUGAGAGUAAGUUGUUGGGUUGUGAGGAGAGAAUUAGAAUACUUAAAGAUGUUGCUUUAGGAGUUUUGUACUUGCAUGAAGGUUGGGAAUCAAAAGUUCUACACAGGGACAUAAAGGCUAGUAAUGUGUUACUUGACAAGGAAAUGAAUGGAAGGUUAGGUGAUUUCGGUUUAGCUAGGAUGCAUGGACAUGGCCAGGUUCCUAGCACAACUCGCGUGGUUGGGACUGUCGGUUACAUGGCACCUGAAGUUGUGAAGAACGGUCGAGCUUCGUCUCAAACAGAUGUGUUCUGUUUUGGGGUGUUGAUUUUGGAAGUUAUGUGUGGAAGGAGACCUAUAGAGGAAGGGAAAGUGGGGUUAGUGGAGUGGGUUUGGAACAUGAUGAGUCAAGGUGAGUUAUGGAGUUGUGUUGAUGAGAGGUUAAGGAAAAGAGAUUUUGACAAAGAAGAAGUUGAGAGAGUUUUGCAAUUGGGAUUGUUGUGUGCUUACCCUGAACCAAAUGCUAGACCAACAAUGAGACAUGUUGUGAAAAUGUUAGAGGGAAAAACAAAUGAUGAUGAGGGCAAUAAUGAUGGAGAAACAGAAGAUAUGGAUGUGUAUUUGUUGAAUAAGGAAAAGGGUGGUAAGUUUUGGAAUGAGUUUCCAAAGAGUUUUGGGUUUGGUUCUUCACACCCAACUUUUGAAGAUAUGAAGGAUUCAUUGUCUUAUUCAAUGUCUUUGUCUUGGUCCACUACAUCCAUUGCAGAUGGUAGAUAGGUGAAUGCAUCACAUAACCCUAUUCUUUUUUUUUUUCCUUUUUUCCUAUAGAGAUUUGAAAUGAUAUUGUGUAUAUAUACAGAGUUACAUACAUAUAAUAUAUAAUGAAUGAUAUUUAGUUGUGGUUUUCUUCA